UAAUUAGCUGGAUAAGCAUUCCUUGUCGCACCACUUCUAUAAUAAUUUGCUUCCUUUAUCCUCUUUCUCCUUAAAGAAAGAAACCCUUCAUCCUCAUCAUUUCCUCUUCACUUUUCUUUCUUUAUUUUCUUGUACCACAUAUAUCUAUAUAUAUAGAAACACGCAGACAGUGAACAAGACUGAGCUUCUUUCGUCUUUUUUUUUUUUCUUUUUCCUUUUUUUUUCCUCAUAAAAAUUUCACAAUGAAGAAACAACAAAGCAUCUAUUCGGAGAUGAAGAGCCACCGCCAAUUCUUAUCAGAAAGGCCAUGGUUUCUUGCUGUUCUCAUUGCUGUGCCUUUCACCGCUGCUCUUCUUAUAGCAGGCAGCAUUACAAGUUCAUCUUCUUCACGCCCUUUCUUAUGCUCCUUAAGCGGCGCGUACACAACUGCUGCCACUGAAGACUACGCCGCGACCCCAACGCAACUCUUAGCCAUCCUCCAUUACGCCACCUCUCGGGUUGUUCCACAGCAAUCACGCGCUGAAAUCAGUCUCUCUUUUGACGUUCUACAAUCGCUGGCUCCUUGCAAUUUUCUUGUCUUUGGUUUGGGACAUGAUUCACUAAUGUGGACCUCACUUAACCCACGAGGCAACACCUUAUUCCUUGAAGAAGAUCCUAAGUGGGUCCAUACAGUUCUCCAACGCGCUCCUAAUCUACGAGCGCACGUGGUCAAGUAUCCUACACAGCUUCAUGAGGCAGACAAGCUUCUUGCAUCUUACAAGGAAGAAAAAGAAUGCAUGGGGCCUGACGUGCGCCUAAAGGGCAACACAGAGUGCAAGUUAGCCUUGAAUACGUUGCCUGACGAGGUGUAUGGUAAAGAAUGGGAUGUGAUAAUGAUAGACGCGCCGCGUGGGUAUUUCGCUCAGGCCCCGGGGAGGAUGGGGGCUAUAUUCUCUGCGGCGGUCAUGUCACGAGCUAGGACGCGCCCUGGUGUGACUCAUGUUUUCUUGCAUGAUGUGGAUAGAAGGGUAGAGAAGCUUUAUGCAAUGGAGUUCUUGUGCAAGAAGUAUUUGGUUAAGGGUGUAAGUAGGCUUUGGCAUUUUGAGAUACCUUCUCUUGCUAAUAGGAACGAUAGUGAUCCUUUUACCAGUUUUUGUUGACCAUGUAUACGGGACUCUUAAUAUUUUUUUCCUUUUUUUUUCUUUUUUCUGUAACAUAAUCUAUUAUACAGUGUAAUUUUAUCGGAUCUUGAUGUAUACAUUAUAUACAUCGGAGUAAAUAGAUGAGUAAAAUAUAUAUUUAUAAAAA